AUGCGGCCGAUCUUUACAUGCACCUGGCGGAACACAGCAAGACUGAAUGUGACGACCUUUAUUCGCCGUAACAGUAACUGCACGCAGAAUAAAGUAAACUUCAAGAUAGGAAACGCGUUCAUGCUAAGACAAAAGCCAUGGCCCGGACAUACUGACGUAUCAGCAACACGGCUGCGAACUUUGCUUCAGGAUCACUUUCAACGUGUAGACUCGCGUUUGUUCAAAGUUUCUUAUAACAUUCCAUUGGUAUCAAGAUCACAACUACCAAGAAAUGCUAUAUUUUUUCAUCACAAAAUCAUCCCAUCACGAUCGUACUCGACAAACCCUCGCGCACCUAUUCCACGAGAUGGAUUGAAGAUAAUUGCUACUCUUGGUGGUGUGGCUCUUACAGCCAUAUUGUUUCCUACAUUUGUUCUUUUUGCGAUAACCGGUGCUCUUGCGUUCGGUGCCUACAGAUUUUUAAGGAGAAUGUUUGACAUUUAUUCACCUAGCGGACGUUUGUCUAAUAGCUCGAUAGUUUAUCCUCCCGAUACGCCGCUAUCCCGGAUGUUCAAAGAGGCGUUUCGCGGUGAUUUUAUCCAACCUUUCUCUCGUACACAACCGGCAGUUGACCAACUUUACUCUGAAGCAGUUUCCAAGAUUCAGAAAGCGUGUGAGACUAGCUUGAGUGAUCUGAAAUAUGAUCUAGGUUAUUCAAGUCACUUUUCUGCUGUUUUUACAGCACCUUACUCAACAUCCUCUUCAAGCGUGAAUACAUCUGGAUCCUAUGGGAAUUAUCAGAAAAGGGAGAUUGCGAUCGAAUUCAUGGUCAUGGGUGCAACUGAUGAGCAGGGAAUUGUCAGAGCAGUAGGGGAGGUGAAUGGGACUCUAGCGGUGAAGAAAAUUACGGUGGUGAUGAUACCAUCAAGACGUAAAUAUGAUAUACCUCUCAAUGUAGAGGAAGAGGGGCAUGGCGACAUUUUUGAAGCCGAAUACAGAGAUGUGAAAUGA